AAAUAAGGAACUACUUGUCAAAACCUGUUCUGUGGUCAAAACUGUCAAUUCAUCGAAAGUGUACAUCAUAAACAACAAUUUCGUUUAAAUAAUCGUUUUGCUUGUUAUUUGACGAAAAUGGCUGAGGCAAGUGAUAAAAUGAUUGUGGAUGAUAACGAACCUGCCACUUUUGGUCAACCGUUGAGUAAUUUUUUGCUUCAAUUGGAAGACUACACCCCAACUAUACCCGAUGCUGUAACUGCACAUUUUUUACGAUCUUCUGGUUGCGAAGCAAAAGAUCCGAGAUUAAUUAGGUUGAUUUCAAUAGCUGCUCAAAAAUUUAUUUCAGAUAUUGCUAAUGACGCUCUGCAACAUUGCAAAAUGCGUUCUAGUAACUCGUCUAACAGUCAUGGGGGCUCAAAGGGAUCUAAAGGAUCCAAGGAUAGGCGUUAUUGCUUAACAAUGGAGGAUUUAACUCCAGCAUUGGCUGAAUUUGGAAUUACUAUUAAAAAGCCACAUUAUUACGUGUAGUUAUGUCAUAACAAAAUACAAAAAUCUAUAAUUAGGAAAUACUUUAUUUUUCUUGUAUUCUUUUCAAAAUACUGUUCAAUAAAAUUUGUAAAAAAUUA